AUCUGCGCCCUUUGUCUUUGCUGCAAAAUUUCUUGCUGGUUUUCAAUUUACGUUCAGUUAUCCAGUGCACAGAAGUAAGAACAAAAACUUUUGAACAAGUAUUUGGCUUAGUAAUUUUACAACUCGUAAAUUCGUAAAGGAACAGAAGAAACUGACUAUGCCUUCCAAGAUGGCUUCGUUAGGAGAUGACCAGAUGGCAGACUUCCGAGACUCGUUUCAUUUAUUCGACAGACUAGGAGAUGGGAGAGUAGAGGCGAAAAGUGUGGGCCCGUUAGCCAGGGCACUGGGUUUGAACCCGACAGAGUAUGACGUGGAUCGGGUGUCUGGAUUCAGACAGGACCCAACAAGACGGAUUACGUUUGAGCAGUUUGUGCCCAUGUAUAUGGCUCUGCGGGACAAAGGUGUCUCGAGUAGCGCCGCCACUGACUUCCACGAGGGCUUCAAAGUGUUCGACAAGGAUGGCAACGGACGUAUCUCCAGCAUAGAACUGAAACACAUCCUGACCAAGUUAGGAGAGCGAUUGAGUGAGGAGGAGGCUGAGAGUAUCCUCGGGUCACUGGAGGACAGUGAUGGCAUGGUCAAGUUCGAUGACAUGAUCAGAACUAUUAUGUCAUAAAAUAUCUCACUAUAUUGUCAGAAAGUAGGAUAAUGCAUGUCAUAAGGCAAAAAUUGAUGCUAAUUUGCAAUUGUCACAAAUCCGAAUACAUGGAUGGCUUAAAUGGAUUUUAUUCACGGAUAGCGGAAAUUUGAACGAAAAUUAAGAUUAAUUACGACUCCCCCACCUUUCGAUUUUUAUAUUUUCAUUAUGUUUUGCGUGUUUUUACUAGCUAAAUGGUUGAUAUUGCGAUGUAGAGUAUCAACAAAUCUCUUCACAGUUGUUACUUUGUUAAACACACGAAGUUUCAUAGCUACACGACAACAUUAAUAUUGUGUUUCAAAACUGAAAUU